CUUACUGUGGUUCGACCUCUGCAGUCGAGACCCGGGUUUAUACCAGACUUGACCAAACCGGUUAAAAAACUACUUGAAGAAGAAAAUGUACGCCUGUGCGAAGUUUGUUUCCUCCCCGGCUCUGGUCCGUGCUGGUUCCCGGGCUCUUUACAGACCCCUGUCUGCCUCUGUGCUGUCCAGGCCUGAGGUCAACACAGAGAACGCCGUUGCUCUGAUGCCACAAAGCCCCCUCACUCAGGUCACACUGAGGGGCUUUCAGACGAGCGCCAUCAGCCGGGACAUCGACACCGCUGCUAAGUUUAUUGGUGCCGGAGCUGCCACAGUCGGUGUAGCUGGAUCUGGCGCGGGAAUCGGGACUGUGUUUGGCAGUCUUAUCAUCGGCUAUGCUAGGAACCCAUCCCUGAAGCAGCAGCUGUUCUCCUAUGCCAUCCUGGGAUUUGCCCUGUCUGAAGCCAUGGGACUGUUCUGUUUGAUGGUCGCUUUCCUUAUCCUGUUUGCCAUGUAAAACUCUGCUGUUCAACUUUCAUUACAGAUGUGACCACACUUUAUUCUGGCAUCCUAAAUUGUUCCGUGUUAGUGUCAUGGAAAUGUACAUUUUCAAGGCUCUUGGGCACUGUCAAAAUGAGCAAAGACAUGUAUUGUACAAAUGUAAGAAAUUACUUGAUUAAAAUACAUGUAUUUGACUAUUUAA